AUGUCUUUCAACAACUUUGCUGACUCGGUCAACAAGAAGCUUCAGGAGUUGUCAAGCCAAGUUUCUCAAAGAGCCCAGGAUGCGCAGCUGGACAAGAAGUUCAGGGACUUGUCGUCCGCUGUCUCGCAGAGGACUCAGGACCUGACUACCCAGCUUCCAUCGUUCGCGCAAUCUACCCAGCGUUUAGUGCAAGAGAAGCUCGGGCAGGUCACUGACAUUUCGCAAUUACCCCAAGAAUAUGUUGAAUUGGAAAACAAAAUCGACAGGGUGAGACUUGUUUACGAGAACUUCUUGAAAGUCACGCAGGUGUACGAAAACGAAAGCUACGACUACCCUAACAACGUCAGAGACUCGGUCAAUGAGUUUUCUAGCGUCGUGGCUGGAAAGCUGCACGACUUGUCCCGCGCCACAUCCACCAACGAAGCACAGUCCGUGCUGAUCGCACCCGGCCCUCACAAGGACCCCAAGACCCUUAACUAUGCGUUGAGUAAGGUCGCAUUAACGUCUAGUGAGUACCUUAACAAGUCCGUUGGCGGCGAUGACUCUGAAGUCUCCAACGCUCUCCUAAAGUACAGCGACGUUCAGGCCAAGGUUGCUCAAGCAAGGUUGCAGCAGGACACUUUGAUCCAGACAAGGUUCAACAAGAAAUUGAGGGACAUCCUGGCCAACGAUUUGAACGAGGCCCAGAAGGCCCGCAAAAACGUUGAACACAAGAGACUGCAAUACGACAUUGCGCGUUCCAACCUCGCGAAUGCGAAGCCUGAAAAGGAGGCUUCCUUGAGAGUUCAAAUGGAGUCUCUAGAGGAUGAGUUCGCUCAAGCUACUGACGAUGCUGUCGUCGUCAUGCAAAAGGUGGCUGGAUCCUCCGAGCUUCUGAAGGAGCUUCGUGAGCUCGUGGCUGCCCAGGCAGACUACCACAAGCAAUCGUAUGAGCUUUUAUCGGAAUUCUUACCUCAGCUUGAAUCAGCUUAG